AUGGAAAAGAGUGCAGCAGUUACUGCCCGCUUUCCAGCGGUCAGACGCGACAGUGGCAAUCAAGUCGACCCAGACCUCCCAGCUUACAGCGCAAACACCCAAAGCACUCAAGACAUCGCAAUCCCGGCUCACGUAGUCUCACGCAUGCGAUCACCUUCCUCAGGACUCUCAAGACCUUCACAGAUCCCAGCAUACUCAGACGCAGCGCUAGACACCACCACCCGUCCCAUCUACAAUUUCGUACGGGCCUCUGUCAUAAGCUCUAAACUUCUUGUCCGAAGCAACGAUAUAGACCGGUAUUGCUUCGUCACCGACCACGCUUCAGACUCAAAAGUGUGGAUUCAUGCCGGAGCCUCCAAAUCCAAUAAAGCGCUAGGAUGUCUCUCCUUCCCAGAAGCUCACAAUACAUUUCGCAUCCAUUGUGCUAUCGUGGGACAGGGAGAUGAUGGAAACGAAGCUAUUAUCGGAUUGGACAAUAAGAACUUUCUGAACGCGCCAUUAGUGGAUGUGGUUGCUGGCAUUGGAUAUCCGCAUCCAAAAACAUUCACGCUGAAGGUGCCUAAGGGGUUGAACUUCAGAGCUAAAGAGUUGGUGUGGACGUAUCAGGGUGGUGAUGUGACUGGGCCGACGCCAGCAAGAUAUGAUCUUCGUGAUCUGAGUACUGGAGGUGCAUUGAUUGCGAGUUUGACGACGACGAAGGAGGGGAAGAAACGGACGGCUGUGCAGUGGAUGAUCAAUGCGGAGAGUGAAUUAGAGCAGGCAGUGUUGAUCAUGUCUUGCAUUGGCGUUGUCACGAGGUUGUCGAGGAAGGGAAAAUUCUACAAUGACAAAGGAAUGUAUGGGAGGUGGCGAUACUUUUGGUGGAUGUCGAUGUUAUCUGGAGUGGGAGUUGAUUAG